AUGGGCAAUGUCAGGGCCAGGACGGCAAUGGCUUUGGUGUUUGGCAUCAGCCUCGCCACUCGCCUUCGGACCGGCUUCCUAAGCGCAAGUCCUGGUCCACGAAGGCCAGCCUCUGAAGUCUGGAUUCCUGAUGCUCCGAAGCUUUCUUCCACAACAGACAUGCCCCCGCGUUCGCCCCACACCGCUUCGUGGGCAGCAGCGUUUGCCCUGGCGGGUGCUGCGUGCGCUGGGCCUCGUGAGCUCCGUCGCCUCAGCAUGCAGUCCAAACACGACAAGAAGACCUUCCGCGGGAAGCUCCAUGCCCACAGCUUCGGCAAGUAUCGCUUACGCAAGAACAAGGCUCGGCGCAUCCAGGCGAUGAAGAAUGGCACCUUUGACCCAGACACCACCAUGCAGCAGGGGCAACCUGAGCCAGAGCACAGCUGGGACUAUGACAAUUUGAUCGAGAACCCGAUCUACUAUGCCCCUGAUUAUCUCAAGGAUGCCAUGAAGGAUUAUUGGGAUGAUGUGAACGAAGCCAUGCGCCAGAAGUGGAAAGAUUACAUGGGCAUCAAAGGAAGCCAGCGAUAUUUCAAGAACUGGACUCCACCGGGAGUUUCCCCGUGGUUGCAACAAGCGCAACCACCUGUGAUGGUGCCCUCUAACCAACGGCUGAAUCUCCGAGUUGCACCGGACUUGCAUUUCACAGAAAAGGACAACCCCGACGAGGAACUCCAGGAAGUCUAUGCUUCAGUGCCCCGGGCCCUGUGGACGGAGAUCAUCAACCUUCACGGGGAGUGGCCCUGGUGCGACUACACCUGGGUGGGCAAAGCGAUCGGCACUCUCAUCAACUUUGUCAGCAUCGGGAUUUGCAUGAUCCCGGUUGUUGUCUUCAGCGAUGGCUUCAUCGCCAAGGUUAAGGCUGGAGAGGCCCCAUGCCUGCGCGCACCAUUGCGCAGCCCUGUUCUACAGCUCUCAGAUGCUCUCAGUAUUGCCAGCUUCCGAGGCGUGUCUCUUUGCUUUUCUGCAGGCAGCAAGCACUGCGGAAGGCGGGGCUUUGACAAUGAGCGAAAUGGCAGAGCACCGCUGGCAGCUGGCCUACAAGGCCUGGGCAGCUGGCAACAAAGAAGCCUGGAAUGUUACGACUUGCAACCGAGCCGCAUCUGGAGACAGGACAGCAGCGGCUUCAACAUGCUCUAUGAGCACCUCCUCCCACCAGCAGCACGACCGCAUCCGCCCCUUGGAGAAUGCGCAAAAGUAGUCACGCAGUCAGACGUAGUCACGCCCUUUAGACUCAGCGAUCAGCUCUCGACUUGA